GAGAACGGGAGAAAGUCGGGGAAGGGGAACAGGAUGAGGGUAAGAAGCAAUAAAGUGAAGGAAGUCCAGAAGGACGACAGCAAGAUGGAGGAGCAGACAGAGGUCAAAGAAGAAGGGAAGGACGUCUUGAAGGACGAGGUGAUGGACGAGAUGAAAUGGGAAAGUUCAGAGGGCGGUGGGUGGAGCGGGGUGCCGCGGUGCAGUCUAGAGACUCCUCGCCAUGGUGACUGGCUACGAAAACACCGCAACUUCACUGACACGUUUUUACGAAUGACCCCCUCUCGGGGGUCGCCCGAAAGGUCAUCGAGGUCAUUAUCAGGGGUCACGGCAGUGUCAGGAGGAGGAGGAGGAGGAGGGGGCGGAGUCUAUCGCCUGACCCCGGACUCCGUCCUCCGUUGGUUCUACCCGGCGGUCCAGCGUUGCCUAGCAACCGUGCGCUACCCUUUCGAGCAGCGCUGUACGCUGAGUCUGGCUCUCGCCGACGACCGUGUGCAGCUCCGACUCACACCGCGUUCCGACUACGUCUGCUGUCACAUCUCCAUGGCAAUACGGCUCCUCCCUGCCAUCCCCCUCGGAGACGGGGUCUACCUGGUUCCCAUGGAAACGACGGCCUCAGUGGCGAUGUCAAAUACAGACCAGCACCAGAACCAGCAGAGCGAGGAGAGGGACCUGUGGACUUUGUUCUUCCCCCGCCAGGAGCAGCGUCUGCUGGGCUGGCUCCGGGGCCGCUCACCACAGCCCUCCUGCCACCUCAAGGUGCUCCAGCUGACCAAGGCCCUGCGUGACCUGGGUGGCCAGGCACUGGACAGCCACCGGGGGGCGCUCUGGAGGUCAGUCCUCUCCUCCUACACACUGAAGACGGCCUGGCUGCGUCUGCUACUCAGCUCUCCUGCAGAGGCCUGGGAGGAUCGCCAUCUGGUGGCCAGGAUGGAGGAGCUGGUCCGCAGCCUGAGGGAGAGCCUCCAGAACCGGGCUCUGGAUCACCUCUUCCUGGGGAGCGACAGCAGCUCCAUCUUACCUGACUCUGUGACUCUACCUAAGUUGGUCAAAGAAGCGGUGGGAGCUCCAGUGGGGGGUCCAGUGGAGGGUUCGGGGGGACGUUUGGGGGGUUCGGCAGGGAACCUCUGGGCAGGUGUGGACCCAGCCUCAUUGGACCUAGUGUCUGGCCGGUUGGCGUAUGCCUGGAGCCAUCUCCACCGGCUGAUCAGGUUGGGCCGACCCCAGAGGAGUAGCUUGGGGCUGGGCAGGCCAGGAAACAUAAACUGCCAGCAUCUGCAACCUGGAGAGUAACCAACUUAUCUUUUCUGGAAACGAAUGAAAGGAUUACAGGUGAAAUCAGAGGUUAAUAUCCUCCAACAACAGACCCAGUCAAACAGAGAGAUACAUAGACAGACGGGAUGGAUGAAACAUCAGACUACUUACUCAUCCAAAGGUUGUACAGGAGCUACUGGUCUAGAAUAAAAAAGAAAGUCUAUAACAGUGAUGGGACGUUCUCUGAGUCAUCCCUCUUAACCAGUCAUGAAUGGAAAUCAUAGGGAAUUUGUAAUUUAUGAAUUUGUAAUUUAUGAAUUUGUAAUUUAUGAAUUUGUAAUGAAUACAUGUGUAAUUUUUCCCUGGUACAUAAUGAAUGAGGUUUCAUUCAAAACCAGAGUGAUUGUAUGUCUGCUUCUGCCUGUGUCCCUAUUGGCACCCUAUUCCGUAUUUAGUGCACUACUUUCCCAUAGGACUCUGGUCCAAAGUAGUGCACUAAGCAAUAGGGUGCCAUUUGGGAUGCACAUCUGUGUUCUGUGCUGUAUGUAUUAUCAGACAGUGUAACGGCAGGGUACACUGCCAGUUCAGGGACAGACAGUGUGACGGCAGGGUACACUCCCAGUUCAGGGACAGACAGUGUGACGGCAGGGUACACUCCCAGUUCAGGGACAGACAGUGUAACGGCAGGGUACACUACCAGUUCAGGGACAGACAGUGUAACGGCAGGGUACACUACCAGUUCAGGGACAGACAGUGUAACGGCAGGGUACACUACCAGUUCAGGGACAGACAGUGUAACGGCAGGGUACACUACCAGUUCAGGGACAGACAGUGUAACGGCAGGGUACACUACCAGUUCAGGGACAGACAGUGUAAGGGCAGGGUACAC